AUGGGAUGGAUAGAGGGCGACUCCAACUGGCACAGCUCACACCUUGAACAGCUGGAUGAGAGAGAAGGCGUGGGCGGAGGUGGUGUGGAGGUAGAAUGCGACCUUGAGGCGAAGAAAGAAUGGAAUAAGAAGAAGGAGAAGAAGAAGAAGAAGAAGGGAUUAAGGAGAGGUGACGAUGUCUAUCCCGACCCGCGUGUCAAAGAUGAGCUGCCCCAGCUGGACUUUUAG